CGGGCCCCGUGCGGCCAUGGCGGUGGCGCUGUCGCGGGGGCUACGCUGGGGCCAGCGGGCGCUCGCCUGGGUGCCGGUGCUGCUCAUCGCCGCCGUGGUGCUCUGGUCCUACUACGCCUACGUGUGUGAGCUGUGCCUCGUGACUCUGACCAACCCUGUGGAAAGAGUGGUCUACCUCGCAGUAUUCCAUGUCAUCUUUGUGCUCUUUGUGUGGACAUACUGGAAGUCUAUUUUUACUCUCCCAAUGCAGCCAGAUAAAAAGUUCCAUAUCUCCUACACUGACAAAGAACGCUAUGAAAAUGAAGAGAGGCCGGAGGUGCAGAGGCAGAUUCUUGCUGAAAUUGCAAGGAAGCUGCCAGUGUACACGAGAACGGGGAAUGGAGCCAUUCGAUUCUGUGAUAGAUGCCAGCUGAUCAAACCUGAUCGUUGCCACCACUGUUCUGUUUGUGCUAUAUGUGUGCUGAAAAUGGAUCAUCAUUGCCCAUGGGUGAAUAACUGCAUUGGAUUUUCUAACUACAAAUUCUUUCUACUGUUCUUAGCGUAUUCUUUGUUGUAUUGCUUGUAUAUUGCUGCAACAGUCUUCAAGUAUUUCAUUAAGUAUUGGACAGGUGAAUUGACUAAUGGACGUUCAAAGUUCCAUGUGCUUUUCCUUCUUUUUGUGGCAGUCAUGUUUUUUGUAAGCCUGAUGUUUCUCUUCGGCUACCACUGCUGGCUCAUCAGUAGAAAUAGGUCUACUUUGGAGGCCUUCUCAGCUCCAGUGUUUCAAAAUGGUCCAGAUAAAAAUGGAUUCAAUCUGGGCUUCGUAAAGAAUCUCCAGCAAGUGUUUGGAGAGGAAAAAAAGCUGUGGCUGUUCCCAAUUGUUUCAAGCCAGGGUGAUGGACAUUCUUUUCCAAUGAGAACUUUAUGUGAAGCUCGAAAUCCACUGCUAGCAAAUGAAGAGCAAUGGGAUGAUGAUGGAUUGGAUGAAGAGAGCCAGGGAUCCAAUGAAGCUUCAUCUCUUGCCGUAGAAAUGGAGACCUAGCAGUUUGCAAAGGCAGUGGCACAAAGCUCGCUUGGACAGCUUCCUUCUCAGGAGCUCCUGUCUCCUCUUUGCAUGGACUUCAGCAUUGAAUAUUAGAAAGCAUAUGGAUCUUCAGGAUAAAAAAUCAUCAUGAAGUAUUAUUGGAUUGAAUCCUCACAUUCUAGAAUGAUCGUCCCAUACCUGCCGUGCAGAUGUGUCAAGGCUUUAUGAGUUUGUUUUAUAAGUUAUUGACUGAGCGGGCAGUUGUACAGAGAGUGCUUCAGGCCAGGCUUUCUUGGGCCAGCCUCUGAUUUUAUAUAUAUAUAUUUUUUUAACUAGAGUAGUGAGAAGUGUACGUGUCAAUGCAUUGCCACAAACAUCAGGCACUGUAGGACUCAAAACCCGAAUAUUUCUUGGAGAGCUGGUUACUUGAGCCUGAUUCUUCAACCUUUACCUGCAGCGAGUGGUAUUUACCUAGGUGAGUAAUUAUAAGCCAGUAGGCCAGUGGAGUAGAUUUGACUCCAUGAAAGGCAGGUUUGCUAAAUCAGGUAUUAAAAUCAUAGUGCGCACAUGCAUGCGAUGUAUAUAUUUAAUAACAGGCAUAUACCUACACGGUGAUACUGG